UAAUUAUAUGCGGGUGUUUUAUAGGUAGUCGGGUUCGAAUAUCAUUUGUAUUGGUCACGUGGUGAAGGCAUAUAAAUAGGCGAACAUGUGUUUGUGCGGCAUUCUAAGCACGCUCGCUAGUUCUACGUACAGGUAAAUUUUAUACACUACAAAAACUCUAUGGCUGAAAGUGACCAUUGCAUGGAAACUCCGGGAGAAGAAUUUGGUUUAUCUAAUGAAGAGGCCGUUUCUUUAUUCAGUUCUUCACUGAACAAAGCUUUAGAAAGGCAGAGCAAUGUUAUUGUGAGCACUAUAACGGGCCUUACAGAAAAGUUGACAAAAAGCAACGCGGGGAAAAACGUGCCGCACGUGGAGGAACCAACAGUUUCAGUUAACGGGUCACCAGGAUUCGAAUUCAAACACGAGGGACACAAGAUUCAGUUUAACUUUAAUCAAGCAAGAUAUUCCAAGUUGUCAGAGCUAGGAAAGUUGAUUCAGGAGUGUGAUUUUCAGAAAGCAGCAGACAUCGUAAAAGAGGAACAAGCAGCAAUACUUCAAAGAAACAAGAUUUUAAAGAUUGCAGACCGGCACGGAUGGGAUACCGUGAGUGAAUACCUUGACGACCCCUUAGCGGACGACACCGAAGAUGCUACUAAGCUUCGUUACGCUGUUAGUCGUGCUGCUAGGAAACGCUCCUAUCGAAGCAAGCCCUACGACAAACGGAGAGGCAAUUUCGCGCCAAAUGACUUUUUUCUGGAUCAGAUAUAAACAGUAUUUUUGCGGCAUAUAAGUUUGCUAGUAAUGUUCUAGUGCUGAGAGUUGAUUUUAGAUAGAUCAUAUGGAUGAUCAACAAGGUUCCAUGAACCACAUGGCAUAUCUUGCAUGGCACCAUGUGCAUAAUGAAUUCUAGAGCAGUAUUUUGAGCACCAUGUGCAUAUACCUUAUGAGCUACAUAUAAAAUUGUAAACAAAGCACCAUGUGCGUUUUCUUGUGUAUACUAAGAGAAUUUUGAAUUGAAACGAAGUGGGAUUUUGUGAGCUAAAUAUGAAUUAGAGAUAAGGCACCAUGUGCGUUUUCAGAAAAUCAAAUGUAAUUGAAUGGGGCAUGCAUGAACUAUAUCUUAAGUCUCAAGGUGGAAAGUUGUGGGACAACUUUGCAUUGAUAAAAUCUGUCUUUUUUAUAGGUACACAAUAACAUUCUGUCGGAAAUCCAGGAAAUGAAAAAAGACAGCAGGUUUGCAUCGGCAGCAUCACACAUUCAUUACAUUCUACGGAAAGGAAAGAGCGACAACUCUAAUAGAAAAUACGACACUUAUUUCCAAAAUUUAAAGGCUGGUGUUCGGCUCACGAUGUUUUCUAUUAAUAACAAAUGUGUUACUUCCGCCAUUAGAUUUUUCUCUCUUUGUUUUUCUAAGUGCUAGCGAGCUGCCAUCCUACUUAUACUAUAUAGUUUCUUGUUUUUUGGUAAUUAGCAUCUAAUUAAUUUAUAUUCGGACGAACAAAGUGAGGGAGAAUAUAAUUAUAAUUAUAUGCGGGUGUUUUAUAGGUAGUCGGGUUCGAAUAUCAUUUGUAUUGGUCACGUGGUGAAGGCAUAUAAAUAGGCGAACAUGUGUUUGUGCGGCAUUCUAAGCACGCUCGCUAGUUCUACGUACAGGUAAAUUUUACAAUAUUUCUAUGGCGGAUAGUAACCAUUUAUCAGAUGACAUUAAUCUGUGUAUAUAUUGAUGUGUAUUAACAUGAGUAGUUUUGUUUGCGAUAUAUUUCUUAAGGACAUUACGAGUGAUGAAUAAAGUGCUAGCGAGCUGCCAUCCUACUUAUA